UUCAGGGCACUCAGUGUAAUAUAGUGUCACGAGCUUGCUUUCUAAUUUCUUAGGUAGGCAAGUAGAUAUGAAACUAGUUUGCUAGCUUGCUUUGAUAACAUUGGCUAGACGCUAAGAUAUAACUAACAAGCUAAUUAAACUAGCUUUUAUCGUGUUAUUAGCUAGCUAGCAUACUGUUUUAGGAGUACACAAGAUAGUCGGGUAGAUCUUGACGUCUGUUGUGGUAAAUGCCAUAGUUUUAAUUCAAUAAAAUGUUUACACAAGCAAGCUAGAAAUAUUUACUCAUUAUAGAAGACAAGCAGUUGGAAUAAUCGCCAGUGAUGCUAUUCCGAACGACAAUGGCCUGGAGGUCUUUCGAUGGUCUUGUUGGGUGUACACGGCGUUUGAAGAGUGGAGCUCAAACAUGGUGCAGAUGGAGACUACAGGCAAAAAGGAGCUACAUCUUUCUACCAGAUGAUGUGAAAUCAGUGCGUGCAGUGAUCAACCCGGAUGUAUCUAAAAUCCGCAAUAUUGGCAUCAUGGCUCACAUAGAUGCUGGCAAGACGACUACCACAGAGAGAAUGCUGUAUUACUCUGGAUACACCCGUGCAUUGGGAGAUGUUGAUGAUGGAGACACAGUUACAGAUUAUAUGGCGCAGGAGAGAGAGAGGGGAAUCACUAUACAGUCAGCUGCUGUUACCUUUGACUGGAAAGAGCAUAGAAUCAACUUGAUAGACACUCCAGGGCAUGUGGAUUUUACAGUGGAAGUGGAGCGGGCUCUGCGGGUUCUGGAUGGUGCCGUGGCUGUGUUCGAUGCCUCAGCUGGUGUGGAGGCUCAGACACUCACAGUUUGGCGACAGGCUGACAAGCAUCAGGUGCCGCGUAUCUGUUUCCUGAACAAGAUGGACAAACCAGCAGCCAGCUUGCCUUAUUCAAUUGAGAGCAUAAAGAAGAAACUGAAAGCCAAUCCAAUCCUGCUGCAGAUUCCCAUCGGCAGUGGUAAAGGCUUCACGGGAUUGGUCGAUUUGAUCACCAACGAGCGAAUGACGUGGGAUGGCAAAUCCAGGGCUGAGGAUGGCCGAGUGUUUGAGAAGAGACCACUCAGCUCGUCAGACAGCACGGAACUCCUGCAAGAGGCCAAAGAGGCCAGGAGCAGCCUGAUAGAGCAGGUGGCUGAUCUGGAUGAUGAGUUUGCAGAGCUGUUGCUGGGGGAGUUCGGGGAGAACUUUGACGCCGUGCCUUCUGAGCAGCUCCAGGCGGCGGUGCGUAGGGUGACUCUGGCGCGUAAGGGGGUUCCCGUGCUGUGCGGGAGCGCUCUGAGGAAUAAAGGGGUGCAGCCCCUGCUGGACGCCAUCACCGCAUACCUGCCGGCCCCCCAUGAACGCCACCACGACAUGGUGAGGUGGUACAAGGACGACCUGUGCGCCCUGGCGUUCAAAGUUGUGCAUGACAAGCAGCGGGGGCCUCUGGUGUUCGUGCGCAUCUACUCGGGGACCAUGAAGCCGCAGUCGGCCGUCCACAACAUCAACAGGAACACCACGGAGAGGAUGAGCCGCCUGCUGCUGCCGUUUGCCGACCAGCAUGUCGAGAUCCCAUCGCUGACGGCGGGAAACAUCGCCCUCACCGUGGGCCUGAAACAGACGGUGACAGGGGACACCAUUGUUUCCUCCAAGUCGUCUGCUGCAGCUGCUGCCCGCCGGGCCCUGAAGGAGGGUGGGAGGAAGGGGGGCUUAGACAGGGAGGCAGGCAGCCUUGUCCUGGCUGGGGUGGAAGUCCCAGAGCCUGUCUUCUUCUGCACCAUCGAACCCCCCUCCAUGGCCAAGCAAAGCGACUUGGAGCAUGCUCUGACAUGUCUGCAGAGGGAGGACCCCAGCCUGAAAGUAAAGACAGACCCAGACUCAGGACAGACUAUUCUUUGUGGAAUGGGUGAACUCCAUAUUGAGAUCAUUCAUGACCGGAUCAGAAGAGAGUACGGCAUUGAGACUCACCUGGGUCCCCUGCAAGUGGCAUACAGGGAAACCGUCCUUGAGGCCGUGUCCACAACGGACACUCUGGACCGGACGCUAGGGGACAGGAGACACGUGGUGACAGUGGAGCUGGCUGUGAGCCCGUGGGCAGAGACGAGUUCCAGCACUUCCUGUGACAUCACCUAUGAGGACAGUGUGGAGGGUCAGCUCUCUCCUGAUGUCAGAGAGGCUGUGGAGAACGGAGUACACAGCUCGUAUCUCCAAGGUCCACUGCUCGGCUUCCCCGUGCUGGGGGUGAUGACCACUGUCCAGUUCGUCAGCGUCCAGCCCGGAACCUCCCUGGCCAUGGUGUCUGCGUGUGUGUCGCGCUGCAUGCUGAAGGCUCUGAAGCUGGCGGGCGGGCAGCUGCUGGAGCCCCUGAUGAGCCUGGAGAUCACCCUCGGGGAGGAGCACCUGAGCCCUGUGCUGGCGGACCUGGCGCAGAGACGUGGGGCCAUCCACGACAUCCAGACCCGGCACGACAACAAGGUGGUGCUGGCCUCCGUGCCCCUGGCAGAAAUGAUGGGCUACUCCACCGUCCUACGCACUUUGACCUCAGGGAAUGGCACCUUCUCCCUGCAGCUGUCCAGUUAUGAGGCCAUGAGCUCCCAGGACCAAAAUACCCUCCUCAGGAAAAUGGGAGGGCUGGUGUGACACGCCCCUGGAGGUACAAGGCUUUGCAGUACAUACCUCAGCAGUGGAAGCUGGUGAACAUCAUACCUGGACAAGCUUGAGUCACCUCACCAGACUGCUAAGGGACAAUUCCAAAGAACUGUGCAUUACGGGC